GCCACCAACCACCAGUUGAGUCCCGUGCUCCGUCACACUCACACAUAACCUAGAUCCUCAUCUGCACUCUCAAUAUGAACCUCGUCGCGUGUGCCUGCUUACUGGCACUGGUUGCCACAGCAGCGGCGGCGCCCACCCCCGGCGGCGGUGGCGGUGGUUUUGGUGGUGGAAAGGGUGGUGGUGGCGGUAAGGGCGGCGGCUACCGUGGUGGUGGUAGCUACAUCAUCGUGCAGCCCAUCUACGUGCCGCAACCAAGCUACGGGUACGGUGACUACGGAUACGGAGGUGGAUACGGAGGUGGAUACGGUCUCGGCGGAUACGGAGGUGGAUACGGCGGAGGGUACGGCCUCGGCGGAUACGGAGGUGGUUACGGUCUCGGCGGAUACGGAGGUGGAUACGGCGGAGGCUACGGCCUUGGUGGAUACGGAGGUGGAUAUGGUGGUGGCCUCGGAGGAUACGGUGGAGGCAUUGGACUCGGCACUGGUUUAGGGGGUGGCUACGGUGGUGGACUUAGCACUGGAUACGGCCUCGGUGGUAUCGGUGGUCUUUCUGGUGGUUAUGGCGGCCUUUCCACAGGGCUUUCCACUGGAUACGGAGGCGGAUUCAGCAGUGGCAUUGGCCUGGGGUCAACUCUGGGCACCGGUGUCGGCCUCGGCGGCGGCUAUGGAUCGUCCUUCGGUGGCCUCAGCAGCGGAAUUGGCCUGGGAUCAUCCCUGGGUGGAUUCAGUGGUGGCUAUGGAUCAUCCCUGGGUGGCCUCAGCAGCGGAAUUGGACUGGGAUCAUCCAUUGGUGGCCUCAGCGGAGGCUAUGGAUCAUCCUUGGGUGGCCUCAGCAGCGGGGUCGGUCUGGGAUCAUCCAUUGGAGGGUCAAGCUUAGGCGUCGGUUCCAGCUAUGCCUAAAAUCAGCUCAAGUCAAUAGUCCUAUUUUUUAUUUUAUGUGUUGUUGAUUUUUAUAUGUGUACUUUGUUUUCAAUUUUGUUGAGCUUUGCAAUGGCCAAGUUUUUGUUAUUGUCUUCGGUUAACCAAGCCUUAGGCUCCCAUAACACCACAACUUUCAUCCCUCAUUCUUGAUGCCGAGUCAUUUUCACUCUGAACGUGUCAGUUUCCCUUCGCUCACUGCUGAUAUGGACAGCAAUGAUUACGAGUGUGACUUGUUUCAUUAAAUUAAUGAGUCCACCA